UAUUAUCUUUUUAUUUUGCUUCACCUCCCCGUGUGAAGUUGGGAUUUUAGGACUUGGGUAGAAGAGUGGACUUGAAAGAGAAAGGGUAAUUUAGACUUUUCAUACAUCAAUAGAUGAAAAAUACAUUGUAUUUGUAAGAGGUCAUUUUGCUAAAGACUGUGAGGUCAUUUAGCUCAAUAACCCUAAUAAUAAUAGAGGGUGUCUGUUGAGGGUAAAGAAAGAUAAAAGCCUCGCUCAAGAUCAUUAUUCCUGCCCUUUUUCUGUAACUCUGAAUCUCUUUUCUUUACUCUUCUAUCUUCUCUGCCACAACAAUCAAUGGCUUCCAGUCGAUGGCUUAGGCCUGAGGUUUAUCCACUGUUCGCUGCCGUCGGCGUCGCCGUUGGAAUCUGUGGGUUUCAGUUGGUUCGCAAUAUCUGUAUCAAUCCUGAAGUCAGGGUUUCCAAGGAGAAUAGGGCAGCCGGUGUUUUGGAAAACUUUUCUGAGGGAGAGAAGUACUCUGAGCAUUUUCUGAGAAAAUAUGUUCGGAACAAGACUCCUGAGAUCAUGCCAUCCAUCAACAGCUUCUUCACUGAUCCAAACCGGAGCUAAAUAUGACUUCAAUCAAAGCUUUACUGCGGUUCUUUGUUAUUUGAAAGUUGAUGUGGGUUGCAAACAAAAUUAAACUUUGGAUGAAUAUGUUAAAUAAAUAAUAUGGUUAUGUACUUCUGGGUUUAAUAGUCUUUGUGUAAGCCAAACUCGAAUUUGAAUUUGAACUGUGUUUUGGUGCA